AUGUCAAUUUUAUUUUCUACAACUGAAAAAGGCAAGCCAGUUCUGAUUGAGAACGGUUUUGAUUAUAUUCAAGAACGUACUCAUGAAAAUAAAGUAUAUUGGCGAUGUACACAAUGCAACAAACAGAAAUGUAAAGCUAGAUUGCAUACAACUAAUAACACGAUUUGUCAUCGAAUUGGCGACCACAAUCAUGCUCCAAAUCCAAGUAUCAGUGGAAUUCGUCAAUGUCGUUCUGAAAUUCGUGACCUGUCUAAAACAACAAUGGCCACACAUUCAAUUGUUGCCACAUCAAUUGGUACAGCAUCUACUGCAGUGUUAAGCCAGCUUCCACCUAUCAAUAACUUCAAACGUACCAUCUGUCGACAACGUGCUGCAAAUCUAAAUUUUCCAGCAAAUCCUCGAUCAAUAUCAGAAAUACAUAUAAACGGCUCAUUUGCUCUUACAAAGAAAAAAGAACAAUUUCUACAAUACGACUCAGGAAACCAAGAUUCAGAUCGAUUUUUAAUAUUUGCGACGAACCAACAACUUGAUCUUCUUCAAUCAUGUACAGACGUGUAUAUGGAUGGCACAUUCAAAGUCGUCCCCGAACUUUUUUACCAAUUGUACUCAAUCCAUGGUUCAGUACAAAGAAAUAUCAUUCCAUUGGCUUAUAUUCUUAUGCCUCGUAAAAAUGAAGAAAAUUAUAAGAGGGUUUAUGAUGCUAUUAUAUCAUUAAGGCCACUGUUCAAUCCUAGUUCAUUUCUCAUCGAUUUUGAAUCAGGAGCAAUGAAAGCUAUCAAUUCCUGUUGGCCUCAAUCAAGUGUUCAUGCUUGUUUCUUCCACUUGACACAAAACAUCUAUCGACAAGUUCAAAAAGCAGGUUUUACAACUAAAUAUGGGAACGAUGAAGAAUAUGCACAUGCAGUACGAAUGCUGCCUGCAUUAGCUUUUUUGGAAACAAAUGAUAUCUAUUCAACAUUUGAAGAUAUUGGUGGUCUACAAAUUCCAGAUCUAGAUCCAGUUUACAAUUAUUUUGAAGAUUACUACAUAGGUAGAUUUCGAAGUCGCAACAGAAGGAUAAUUCCAACGUUUCCAAUCACAUUUUGGAAUGUACACAAUUUGUUACGGAAUCAGUUCGACCACACUAACAACGCCGUCGAAGGAUGGCACCGACGACUUAACAACAUCGUAGAUUCAGCUCAUCCUGGAUUUUGGCGUUUUUUGAGUGACCUUCAAACAGAACAAUCAUAUGUAGAUGGUGAAAUUUCUCAACUAGUAACAGGUCUCGUACCAAAACCAAAGAGAAUCAAAACUCAACAAACAGCAUCCAGAGUUUUACGGAUUUUAGAAAAUCCUACAAAUGAUAAUAUACAAAAAAUAAAAGCGAUUGCUCAUACAUUCAUGCUAUAA